AUGUUCGAUUUCCUGGACAUGCUCGGCGGUCCACCCCGCGAAACCCCCAAUCCGGAGCCCAAGACCGCCCUCCAGGCAGCCUGCGAAUCCGGGGACCUCGAUGCCGUGAGGACCACAGCCAGAACUGCCCAAAAGGAUGACCUGAAUACGGCUCUGUGUCUGGCAUGCAAAAAGGGCCAUAUCGACAUCAUCCUCGAGCUACUGGAUGUUCCUGGCGCAGACAUUGAUGCUACACUUCAAGACGGAACUCCGCUCUUCUUGGCCGCUCGCAACGGCGAGCCUGACAUUAUCCAGCUCCUGCUCGAGCGCGGAGCAGAUCCUAACAUUGGGCCAAAAGACAGGCCGGGCGCGACUCCGCUUUUGGCUCUGGUAGAGCACCGUCGCCGACCGGGCGAGGACGACAACGACCACUUGGAGAGACUCAAGUGCUGCGCCUUCUUGCUACUUGAAGCAGGAUGCGACAUCAAUGCCGUAGAUCGGCAAGGAUGGACGGUAUUGCACUUUUGUCUGCGAGAUGGACUCAAGAUUGCAGACUUCUUGAUUGAACAUGGCGCAGACCCCAACGCAAAAUUAGACGACGGUUCAACGCCAAUGCACAUCUUCUGGCGCCUCGCCAAACACCCCGACACGUUUAAGGUGCUCAUGCAGCAUGGCGCGCGACUGGACAGUAUCCGAGAAAAGGACGGACUUACCCCUCUGCAUGUGUAUGCAAAAAACAAUGCCCUCGGCGACCUCUCUCUCUUCCACCCCUACGUCUCGGACUGGGGUCUGAUGGACGCCAACGGAAAUACUCUGCUUCACGCGGCAGCGCAGGGCCAGAGUCCCGGGCUGGUGACUCUCACGGAGCUUAUGAAGCUAGGACUUGAUCCAAACCAUAGAAACAACGAAGGGUGUACGCCACUUCACCUACUUGACGUGCCAGCGAGUAGUCUCGGAGAGGUCCUCGACACUUUACUUGAAGCAGGCGCCGACCUCGAGGCAAAGGACAAUCAAGGUCGCACCCCUUUGGCCCGGCUUCUAUCGCCACGUGCGCGAACCUACUUGACUGAAGCCCUUCCCAUCUUCAUCUCGCGGGGCGCAAACCUGAACUGUCGCGACCACAACGGGAAUGGCAUCUUGCAUUACACGAUCAGGCCGUAUCUCUUCGGCUCCCAUCAUCUGAAGACGUUCAUUGCCCUCGGCGCCGAUCCCGCUUUGCCGAACAACAAGGGCAAUACCGUUCUACACUACUUAGCGGCGAACCUGGCCACGAUUUCUGGCGAUUCAGGUGUGAUUGCGAUGAAAGAGCUCCUUGACAGGGGGAUGUCACCGACGAUCAGAAACUACAAAGGCCAGACACCCCUGCAUAUGCUGUGCAGGCAAGCGUCGCAACUCUACUUCAUGCCCACUGCUGUCCCGCGCAUCACUGGCGUCGACCUACUGCUGGACUGGGGCCUUGAGCAGGGAAUCAACACUCCUGACCAUGAUGGGGUGACUCCAAUCCACUUCGCAGCCACCGUGUCUGAAACACUGGUCGCUAAGCUCAUGGCCCGAGGGGCGGACGCAACGCUAAGCACCAAAGAAGGGUUGAACCUGCUCCAUAUCGCGUCUAGAGCACGGCAGAGCAAUGUCGUCGGGCUGUUGAUGGAGCACUACAAGCAGAUCGGGCAGCUAUCUUUGGUCAACACACGCUGCAAGCUGGGUCGCACGCCGCUGCACGAUGCGUGUCGGUCCGGUCGCUUGGAGACGGUCACCCUGCUACUCAACGCCGGCGCUGAUGUCAAUGCCGAGGAUAACAAGAAGAAGCGAGUGUUGAACGCGUGCGCUGAGUUCGCCGAUGAGAAGAAACUGUGGCCGUUCACCGAGGACCCGGGAAAUCUGUUCCACACUCUGAAAACUGGCGGAGUACUACGCGAUGAUGAAGCCAGACCGUACCAGCCGGAUAAGUCGGGAUCGAAGAUAAAGAAGAAGGGCAGUUUACACGAGAUACCGUCCGAGCACGAUACGGUCUGCAUUGGGCCGAUUGUUCGCCUGCUAGCGAUGCACGGAGCAAAACUUGACCCUGGCCGGAAGUUCAGCCACAACAUCAUGGGCGCUGCGAGACGGAGCGGAUCCGCAGAGAUGGCUGUGGAAUUGAAACGGCUAGAUGACGAAGGAGUAUGGGAUUUGAAGUACCGCAGAGAGUUCGACUUCGAGUACCUGACGAUGAAGUCGCAGCAUUUGCCCGCGUAUUUGGACGAGAAGCUGCGCGGCGGCUAUCUAGGGCACCAUGCCAUGGUGAAGCUGGUACUGAAUGGCCACUCCGAGGAGCUGGUUGGGGCUCUGGAACGAAAUGUGGACCGCAUGCGAGAGCAAGGACCGGCGGAGCUGAUGCUGCUGCUGGCUAGAUACGGGUACCACGACCUGUUCGCACGCAUCGGGAGCCUCAUGGGAGAUUCGAACUGGAUCAACGGCGGGUCUGCGUUUUUGAGUGGAAAGCUCAUCCCGUAUCUUCUCGCUGCCGCACAGAGAGAGCUGCCUAAUCUCGAAGUCAUCAAGGUGAUUGUGGAGAAGUUCCAUGCUGAUGUGGACAUUAUCUUCACCGAAGGCCUGAAGAUGAAGCCGGAGAUCUUCUUCUCCUCGAAGAUCGAUGCGGCCCGACAAUAUAAACCAGGUGAUACGGUCCUUCACCAUCUCGCACAAGGAGGACACUGGUGGCAUCCUGGCGCAAUCAAGUAUCUGCUCGAGCACGGCGCCGAUCCCAACGCCCGCGACAAGCAGGGCAAAACCCCGCUGUGCAUUGCUGUCUCGUACAGCCACUCCAGCGGGUACGGACAGCUGGACAUCGCGCGAACCCUGCUUGAAGGGGGAGCAGACCCUAACAUCCCAGCCCACUGCGGAUGGACAGCGUUGUCUAUGGCCGCGCACGACGCCGAGCUGGUCAAGCUCCUCCUUGCCCAUGGCGCCCGCCCGUCGGACAACCACCCAAUGGAGCUUUUCUCCGCCCUCGGCUCCUUGAACGAGAAGGUGCUGAGCACAUUCCUGGACCUGGGCAUCGACUGCAACACGACCGUCCUCUCCGACGCCCAGCCACACUGGCACACCCACCGCGUGCGCAAAGUGCCCAACAUGCCCAACUACGCUCUCCACCCGCUCCAGUACAUGGCCAUGGAGAUCUGGAACGACGGGCACGCCCGCGAGCACGCCGUGCGCAUGAUCCAGCACCUUCUCCGCCGCGGCGCGGACCCGUUCCUGAUUUGCGAUGGGGAAAGCCCGAUUCUGCAUUUGGUGGUUAGUUCAGGCGGGAUUAUGCAGCCGUUCCUUGAGAUCGAGGGGCUGGAUCUUGAGGCGCGGGAUGCGAAUGGGCGCACGUUGCUCCUUGCUGCUGCCUGCUCGACGACGGGGACGGACUCGUAUGCGUAUGAGAUUGGUCUCUAUCCCGAGUUGAACACGCGCAUUGUCCCGGCCCCCUAUAGCAAGGGCGAUCCUACUCGCGCGAUGACGUUGGUUGAACGAGGUGCUGAUAUUACUGCUCUUGAUAACGACGGGAAUAAUGUUCUGCAUCUAUUGGUGCAGCACGAGGGUCCGACUGCCCUUAAUGGUCACAUCAUCAGGCCUCACGAGAACUAUUGGGUCAUUGAACACCAGAGGACGAUAGAGGUGUUCCUCGCGAACGCUCCUGGGCUAGCUACACAGCGGAACAGUACGGGGUAUACGCCUUGGGAUAUCGCAAACAACAAGCUGCACCAGUGGGCACUGGACGUCCUACCAAGGCCUCCAACUGAAGACGAUACGAAAACAGAGUCAUCAUAA